AUGUACCGGCGAGCACUGGCGGGGAAGGAAAGGGCCCUCGGUCCUGAUCACACGUCCACCAUUGAAACAGUCAACAACCUUGCGGUUCUCUACUAUGAUCAGGGCAAGCUGCAGGAGGCCGAGGAAAUGUACCAGCGAGCACUGGCAGGCAAGGAGAAGGCCCUCGAUCCUGAUAACAAUCGGACCCAGUUGGUUGUGGAUAAUGUAAAUGCGUUAAGGACUGUAUAUGGAUAUUAG